UCAUCCGCCGUCAAACGUAUCCUCUCUGAAGCUCGAGAGCUGCAGUCCGAUCCCUCGCAGGAGUAUAUUGCUCGGCCCCUCGAGACCGAUAUCUUCGAAUGGCACUUCACCUUGCGUGGUCCUAGUGGGACCGAGUUUGCUCGGGGCUUGUACCAUGGGCGUAUUUUAUUGCCGGUCGAGUAUCCAUUUAGGCCACCGAAUAUCAUGUUGUUGACGCCUAAUGGACGAUGGGAGUGCAACAAGAAGAUCUGCCUAACAUUCACCGGCUUCCACGAAGAAAUGUGGCAGCCAGCCUGGGGGAUUCGGACUGCCCUCCUCGGCGUACAAGCUUUCAUGGCGGCAAGAGCAGAAGCGGCUCAAGGUGUGGGCUCUCUUGAUUUCCCGAAAGAGGAGCGGGAGAGCUUGGCGGAGCAGAGUAGAAGAUGGAUCUGUGCGGUCUGC